CAAAGAGGCACAAAGGAGCACAAAGUGAAGUCGCCAACUCAGCACUGCAACUGCGCGCUGCUGGGGAUAAAUAUAUGGAAUGCAGAGAAAACAACAGAAAACUGCCAAUGUCUAAUACUGUUUGGAGCCAUGGUGAAAUAGGGUAACCAGUGCAAGGGACAAGAUGGCCGCCCACAGGAUAAGAGUAACAAACAACAACAAUGUGCUCCCGAGAUGUAAAUCAGAGGGCACCCUCAUCGACAUUGACGAGGGAGUGACCGAGGCGAGUCUCGUAGAUGUCAAAGUGCCUUCUCCCAGUGCCUUGCGUUUGGCUCCCUCGACUACUUUCGGGACCGCACGGGAAGUAGUUGCCAUAAAGGAUUACUGUCCAUCCAGUUUUACCACUCUGAAGUUCUGCAAAGGUGAUCAUCUGUAUGUGCUGGACACAUCUGGUGGGGAAUGGUGGUACGCCCAUGACAACAGAGAGAUGGGAUACAUUCCCUCCACAUAUGUUCAGCCAAUCAACUACAGAGACUCUUCUCUUAGUGACAGUGGAAUGAUUGACAAUCUUGGGGACUGCUCCGAGGAGGGAGCAAAAGAGUUGGAGAUUCUGGGAGAGUGGACUGGUUUGUCCCUCAAGCCGUCCCUGCCUUAUGACAAAAACAAUCCCUUCUCCAUGCUGUCUUCAACCAACCCAUUCCUAAAUGGAUCCAUGGUUGACAUUCUUGAUCAGAACAGCAACGAGAAGGCAAACCAUUGCAACAGUUUGGAUUUGCUUUUCUUUGACUCAUUUGCACCUUCUUCCCCCAUCUCCAACAACACAACAAGCAGCUACGGCACCUCAAAAGGGUACAGCAAAAGUGCCUUUGAUGGCACAUCCACCAGCCCUGAUCUUGAAGCCUUGCAGAUGUUUCACAAGGACAAUGCCUUUUUUCGGAGCAAGAGGUCUUAUAGUUUGUCAGAGUUGUCAAUCUUACAAGCUCAGUCAAAUCCUCAGUUGCCUUCAUCAGGGUUUUUCACUGGACUUAAGGCUCCCUCACCGGAGCAGUUUCAAAACAGAGAGGAUUUCCGGACGGCGUGGCUAAACCACCGGAAGUUGGCACGUUCUUGCCAUGACCUGGAGUCCCUGGGGCAGAACCCAGGUUGGGGUCAAACACAACCAGUAGAGACCAACAUUGUCUGCAAUUUGGACAAUUGUGGAGGGGCAGUCCAACUUCCAGAUACUAAUAUCAGUAUUCAUGUUCCUGAAGGCCAUGUUGCAGUGGGUGACACUCAGCAAAUCUCCAUGAAAGCUUUGCUAGAUCCUCCCUUGGAGCUUAACAAUGACAGAUGUUCCACUGUCAGUCCUGUCAUUGAAAUCAAACUAAGUAACAUGGAGAUAAAAUCAUUCAUAACCUUAGAGAUGAAGGUGUCAGUGGCGAUUAGGACAGAUAGUCAAAUUGCGGCAGUUUUGUGUGUGAGAAGUGAUUGUAAAGAGGGUCCUUAUUCUCCAGUUCCACAAGCUUACACUUACGGUGAUACAAUUCAGGUUCAGCUGGACAAUCUGGAGCCAUGCAUGUAUGUAGCAGUUGUCGUCCAGACUCAGCAUGUGUCCUUCAAUUCAACAGUUUGGGAUCAGAUGGUAAAGAAAGUUACAUUGGGUCUCUAUGGGCCCAAGCACAUUCAUCCAUCUUUUAAGACUGUGGUGGCCAUUUUUGGGCAUGACUGUGCCCCCAAGACUCUACUUGUCAGUGAGGCUGGGAAACAAGCAAAGUCUGCCCCACCUGUUGCCCUACAACUGUGGGGGAAGCACCAGUUUGUUCUUGGCAGACCUCAGGACUUGCAGAUUGGCAUGUACUCCAACAUGUCGAACUAUGAGGUCAAGGCAAAUGAGCAGGCUAGGAUUGUCCGUGGGUUUCAGGUAAAAUUGGGCAAGGUGAGCAGGCUGAUUUACAUGAUUACGUCUCGGAAUGCAGAUGAGAUUUCUGACUUCACUUUACGUGUCCAGGUAAAAGACGAUCAGGACUGCAUCCUUGCGCAAUUUUGCGUUCAGACACCACAGCCGCCCCCUAAAACGGGGAUGCGGAACAAUGGCCAGAGGAGGUUCCUGAAAAAGAAGGAAGUCGAUAAAAUAAUUUUGUCUCCUUUGGCCAUCACCACCAAAUACCCGCAGUUUCAGGAGCGCUGCAUCACUAACUUGAAAUUUGGCAAACUGAUCAAAACCGUUAUCAGGCAAACCAAGAAUCAGUACUUGCUGGAAUAUAAGAAAGGGGAUAUUAUUGCCUUACUCAGCGAGGAGAAGAUCAAACUUAAAGGACAACUAUGGACCAAAGAGUGGUACAUUGGAUACUAUCAGGGAAAGACUGGGCUUGUACAUGUCAAAAACGUGCUGGUCUUGGGAAAGGUUAAACCCAUAUACUUCUGUGGGCCAGAUCUUACAACCACAAUGCUAAUGGAGCAAAUCCUAAAGCCCUGCAAGUUCCUCACCUACAUUUACGCCUCCGUAAGGACGAUACUUAUGGAAAAUCUGGGUAACUGGCGAGCAUUUGCUGAUUCUUUGGGCUAUGGGAAUCUUCCUUUGACGUAUUUCUGCCGGGCAGAACUGGACAGUGAACCAGAGAGGGUUGCCUCUGUGCUUGAGAAACUGAAAGAAGAUUGCCUCAACAUGGAGACUAAGGACAAAAAAUCUUUCCAGAAGGAACUAAUGAUGGCUCUAUUGAAAAUGGAUUGUCAGGGUUUGGUGGCACGGCUCAUUAUGGACUUUGUGUUGCUGACGACAGCAGUGGAGGUGGCCCCUCGCUGGAGAGAGCUUGCCGAAAAACUCGCCCAUGUAUCCAAGCAACAAAUGGAGGCUUAUGAAGCUCCACACAGGGAUAAAACUGGAGUGGUGGACAGUGAGGCAAUGUGGAAACCAGCCUAUGACUUCCUGUUGACGUGGGCCGCUCAGAUCGGGGACAGUUACCGUGACGUCAUCCACGAACUGCACAUGGGUCUGGACCGAAUGAAGAACCCCAUCACCAAACGCUGGAAACACCUUACAGGCACUCUUAUCCUUGUUAAUUGCCUCGAUAUGCUUAGAAGCUCUGCCUUCAGUCCUGCCCCUCAGGAUGACUUUGCCAUCUAGCCCCACCCCCUUAGAACUGUGACUCCACCCCUUAGCCCACUUUCUGUAUUCAACAUCACCUCAAAAGACUUUGCUGAACUUUGAUUUCAAAAUAUAUACUCUUUUCUAAGUUACCGCCAGUUGUUUGUUAACCUCAGAUCAAUAGCCGCGAGGACUUCCUGCACCCGCUCACGUCCAUAUAAGGACAUGUGCUAAGAUAAGCAAUCCAAAACACAGUGUUUUAAGUGUAGAUAUUUUUUUAGAUCCCUUAAAAGCAUUUUUAUCAGUCUUGUUCUUUGUGAUAUCUAUAUUUUUUAUAUCGGAUGGCUCAACGGAAAUUUUUACUAUCACUUUAAUGUUUUUCAAGAAUGAUUUUUUUCAGAAAGGUUACGACUUUGUUCAUCACUAAAGAUUGUGUAUUUUGUCAAGUCACAUUUGCCCAUUCUUGUCGUUGUCAUCCUGUCCAACCAUCCUGAAUUUUGUUGCCAAACGAUAAACACAAGCCUUCCACAUCUAUGGUUUUAUUAUUCCACUGAAAUUUUGCUUUCAUAGAGCAUCAGAUUUAAUUGGUUGGUUUAUAAUAGAAAGACAACACAGAUUUGUCUUAGAAACACCACAAACUGGUUUUGGGGCAUGAUUAUCUGUUUGGCCAAUGACAAGAGUGUUCAGGAAACCUGUUUGAAAGCAGUCUUUUAUGUCUUUAACAUAUUUACAACUAUUUUUGGUGUCGCUAGUGGCACAUAUAUUACACUUCAGAACUUUAGCAAAAAUUGCGAAGUUUGCAUUACCAUAUACUUUAGGUGUUAAAUUGCAGUGUUUCGUUUUUGAUCAGUUUUCAGUUGUGGGUCAUUUUAAUUCAGUGUUGUUAAAUAUACGAGAAACGAAUGCAGUCAGAUAAAUAAAUUAAUAGACCAUAAUGUGAUUUUAUUUAUAAUUACAAAGAUUUGUCGAUGGUUUUGUGUGUGUGUGUUCUACAUUUAUAUUUUUUGUACUUCAGAUGAUAUACAAUUUUUCGAUUUUAUUUUCUUGUAAAGCUUUUUCUCUGUCUAUUUGUUUAGAAUAUUAAUCAUAUAUUUUUCUUCUUAAGUACAUUUAAAGUCCUGUACAUGUCAUGGAUUCUUUUGUGCUGUUAACAUUAACAUGUAGGGAAAAAAGGAAUGUAUAUAUUAUAUAUAUAUUCUGUGAUUAGAGUUACACUAUAUUGCCAAAAGUAUUCGCACAUCUGCCUUUAGACGCAUAUGAAUUUAAGUGACAUCCCAUUCAUAAUCCAUAGGGUUUAACAUGACGUCGGCCCACCCUUUGCAGCUAUAACAGCUUCAACUCUUCUGGGAAGGCUUUCCACAAGGUUUAGGAGUGUGUUUAUGGGAAUUUUUGACCAUUCUUCCAGAAGCGCAUUUGUGAGGUCAGACACUGAUGUUGGACGAGAAGGCCUGGCUCGCAGUCUUCGCUCUAAUUCAUCUCAAAGGUGCUCUAUCGGGUUGAGGUCAGGACUCUGUGCAGGCCAGUCAAGUUCUUCCACACCAAACUCGCUCAUCCAUGUCUUUAUGGACCUUGCUUUGUGCACUGGUGCGCAGUCAUGUUGGAACAGGAAGGGGCCAUCCCCAAACUGUUCCCACAAAGUUGGGAGCAUGGAAUUGUCCAAAAUCUCUUGGUAUGCUGAAGCAUUCAGAGUUCCUUUCACUGGAACUAAGGGGCCAAGCCCAGUUCCUGAAAAACAACCCCACACCAUAAUCCCCCCUCCACCAAACAUCACAGUUGGCACAAUGCAGUCAGACAAGUACUGUUCUCCUGGCAACCGCCAAACCCAGACUCGUCCAUCAGAUUGCCAGAUGGAGAAGCGUGAUUCGUCACUCCAGAGAAUGCGUCUCCACUGCUCUAGAGUCCAGUGGCGGUGUGCUUUACACCACUGCAUCCAAUGCUUUGCAUUGCACUUGGUGAUGUAUGGCUUGGAUCCAGCUGCUCGGCCAUGGAAGCUCUCUACGCACUGUUCUUGAGCUAAUCUGAAGGCCACAUGAACUUUGGAGGUCUGUAGCGAUUGAAAGUUGCCGACCUCUGCGCACUAUGCGCCUCAGCAUCCACUGACCCCGCUCUGUCAUUUUACGUGGCCUACCACUUCGUGGCUGAGUUGCUGUCAUUCCCAAUCGCUUUCACUUUGUUAUAAUACCACUGACAGUUGACUGUGGAAUAUUUAGUAGCGAGGAAAUUUCACGACUGGACUUGUUGCACAGGUGGCAUCCUAUCACAGUACCACGCUGGAAUUCACUGAGCUCCUGAGAGCGGCCCAUUCUUUCACAAAUGUUUGUAGAAGCAGUCUGCAUGCCUAGGUGCUUCAUUUUAUACACCUGUGGCCAUGGAAGUGAUUGGAACACCUGAAUUCAAUUAUUUGGAUGGGUGAGCGAAUACUUUUGGCAAUAUAGUGUAUGUCUGAUGGAUGACCUGUUUUGGUGUUAGAUCUUUGAGAUGUUUGACAGUAACUGUUUGAAAAGUCUGCAUAGCCAUAAUUCGCACAUUGUCUUAGUUGCCGCCAAAUGUUUAGAAAGAAAAUGAGUUAAACGUGCUGUCCCAUGUUGUUCCCAUGGAUUCAAUAAAGCAGCUGUAAUGUAUAGAA